AUGCCUCAUCCAAAAAAAGAACACCCCCUCGCUGUGCCUUAUCAAAAAACAAAAGAACACCCCCUCACCAUGCUCAUCCAAAAAAAAACGGUACAUCGUCCCAGCUCGCACAGCAUCCCUCUACAACUCACAAAACACCCACAGACCACCCCCUUGCUGUGCUCAUCCAAAAAAAAAGAACACCCCCUCACCAUGCUCAUCCAAAAAAAAGAACACCCCCUUGCCAUGCUCAUCCAAAAAAAAAGGUACAUCAUCCCAGCUCAUGCAGCAUCCCUCUACAACUCACAAAACACCCACAGAACACCCCCUCGCUGUGCUCAUCCAACAAAAAAGAACACCCCCUUGCUGUGCCUUAUCAAGAAAAAAAAGAACACCCCCUUGCUGUGUCUCAUCCUACAAAAGACUCAGAUGGUGAAGACCAAGCAGACAGCUAAGAAGACCACUGGGGGUAGAGCUCCCAGGGUAUCUCUUGCUGGUCUGAAAGCUAGGGAAAAACAUGCUGCCAAGUCAAGCAAGGCCCAUGCUAGGAAGGCCCCUGUUGCCAAGAAGAGAAGGAUGAGGAACUUGGCAAGGAUGGAGGGACAUUGUGGCCUUGUGAUCAGGCAGGUUGCAGAAGGGUAUCCUCAGCCCUAUUUUGGCUUCUACUUGUCAGGCAAGCCAGUCCUGAAACACCCUCUUGUGGUCAUUGGGGGGUUUGAGCAUGCCACCACCUCUGAAGUGGCUGGUAACUCUACUGCCAUUAUCCACCUCCACCUUGAGUCUCUAGAGCUUGGCCAUGCCCCUGUGCAUAUCCUUCACACCAUGUUGCAGGGAUAUUUCAGACAAGACACCUACCACUUCUCACAACUGCCCUUCAACUUUGCCACUGAGGAGUCCAGAGCUGCCUAUGACACUGCAGCAUCAAAGCUAGCUUCAAGUCUGACUACCUUUGCUAAGGUAGUCAUUUUCCUUACUACCCAUACUGAUGAAGACAGGGGGGAUCUGUUCUCUGGAAUGGAGAAUAAGGUUCCAAUAGCCACAGAGGUCUUUGAGUUGCAGUUUCUGCAAGGCCUUCUGUUACCCCUCUCCAACAUUGUCAAGGGUGGAGACCUCAUCUUCUUUGUAUGUGGUUCUACUGUAAGGAAGGAGCAGAGCUUCCAAGGACUGAAGGCAGCUGUGCAACAUUUCAAGCCAAGGUCCAUGUUGCUUUUUGAUGCUGAGAGACUUCAACUAGUCACCACCAUUCCCUUCCUCAUGAGUGUCCUUGACUCCACCCUUGUUCAAGGCUUCCAUGUCCAAAGUGCAGUCAGGCACUCCAACAUCAUCCUGAUGUUGUGGCAGGAGAAGGUAGUGGUGGAGAAAUUUGUCUGGACUGACAAGUUCAUCAGGCCUUGGGGACAACAAUUGCCUGCCCAGUGUCCUCAGUGUUAUAGCAUUCAGAAGUGGGAAGCUGGUUGUUCAGGGCAGACUUAUUCCUAUGAGUGCAAGAAUCCUGGCUGUGGGAAGGACACACAAGGCACAUCUCAGCCUCCCCAAACCUAUACUAUCUGCAUGUCCAAAGGGGCUACCAAACUGACACAGGGAAAGGGGCAAACAUCAUCCUGGCUGUUGGAAUCUUUGUAA